AUGGGGAAUGUGCAGCAGCAAAGUUUUCAAGGAGACGGAGGAAGGAGGCAGUGGUUCCGAGGCAGCAGCAGCAGCAGCAGCAGCAGCAGCAGCAAUGACUGUAGCAGCAACGACUGCAGCAGCAGCAGCAGCAGCAACAGCAGCAGCAGCAACAACACACGCAACCAUAACAGCAACAGCAUCACAGAUCCUGCAGCUGAGCAGGGAAUGGGGUUAAGUGUUUCUGCAUAUCCAGCAGCAGCAGCAACAGCAGCAGCAGCAGCAGCAUCAGCAGCAGCACAAACUGCAGCAGCAGCAGCAGCAACAGCAGCAGAAGCAGCAGCAGCAGCAGCAGCAGAAACAGCUCCAGAGACACUCGGACCCCUCACCCCUGAGGAGGCGCGUCAGGAGUUGCAGCGCAGAUGGGGAAACACAACCAUGCUGGAGAAAGAAAGACAGACAUUUUAUAACGAAGCGCUGGACGGGAUUGUCUUAGUGCUGCCGUUAGAAUAUGCUGAUGUUGAUGCUUCUAACUUUUUAUCUGCUGCUCAUCCCCCUAGACCUCAGCAGCAGCAGCAGCAGCAGCAGCAGCAGCAGCAGCAGCAGCAGCAGGAGGGGGGGGAAGGGGAAGCAGCAGCAGAACAGGUUCAAGAAGGAGCCGCAACUGCUGCUUCUACCAGCAGCAGCAGCAGCAGCAGCAGCAGCAGCAGCACUACCAGCAGCAGCAGCAGCAGCAGCAACAACAAGAACAGCAGAGCAGCAAGUCUUCUUUCACGCUUCCCUCCUGAUCUGCUGCAGUAUAAAGCUGCUGCUGCUGAUGGUCUACGUUGGUUGGUAGCAGCAGAAGGUGCAGCAGACACUUUAUAUGCUGCUGAUUUAUUUCUGCUGAGCUUCAAAUUCUUCCCGAAAUAUCCUAUAGAUGCUGCUGCUGCUGCUGUUUAUGCUGCUGUUUAUGCUGCUGUGGCUACUGAUGGUGCUGCUUUUGUUGCUGCUGAGGAUAUUCAUGCUGCUGCUGUUGCUGUUGCUGAUGAUGCUAUUUAUGCUGCUGCAGAUGCUGCUGUUUAUGCUGUUGUGAUGGUGCUGCUGCUGCUGUGGCUGAUGAUGCUGCUGUCGCUGUUGCUGCUGCUGUGA